AUGUCAGUUUCAUAUGCUACUAUUGAAUCGGAAAUAAUUUCCGAAGAGCCUUCAUGUCAAGAUAUUUUGGGAAAGUAAGUCAAUGUAAAUCUAGAUUCAGUUCAAUCAAACCAUCAUAGUUUUUCCAGAGCCAACGAACAACUCGCGUCUCUUUUGUCUGACAACACAAUUCACCCUGUUAUCGCAAUUUGUGAUGGACCUUGUCAAUCAGCACUUCCAUCCAAUAAACUUAUUACUCUUGGAAGAUGCGAACAUUAUUUGUGUUUUUCGUGUUUUGGAAAAGUGUUAAAUACUGAUGGAUCUUUUGGAUGUAAUUCAUCUUAUUGUUAUUAUCAAGAUGAAACUUCAACAAUUAUCACAACUUAUGCAAAUGAUUAUACUUCGAUUGAUGGAAGUACUUGUUCUGCGGAAAAUGAUUAUGAUGAUUAUCCAGGACAAAAUGAAAUGGUUGUUGUGAAAUUAGUUCUAAUUGAGAGAAAUCCAUAUAAUGCGACAUUGAGGUAUUUUAGCACGAAUAGAGUUAUUCUCAAGUUAUAAGUUAAUAUUUACAGAGUUCAUAAUGAGAUCGAAGUUCCAUCGAGAUUGAACACCCGUGAAAUUAUUGAGAUUUUGUUGGAAGACAAAAAACGAGAUUCAAAGACUCUACUCAAAGUCGGAAAAUUGUAUUAUUUGCAUGGCGGAAGUGGAAGACUACGAAAAUUGAAGGAUUUCGCAAGUUUGAAUCUUUUUGAUAUUCCACAAGUCAAAAAUUCAGUAUUUUUUGUCUUGGAUACAAUUGGACAUUUGAAUAAUCAACCAGUGAAAAUUUCAUUUGAAUAA